ACUUUUUACCAUAAAUCUUAAUUUCGCUCACUUUAAAACAUUUAUUAUUUAUUUUUAAUAUUUGGCUAGCUUAAACCGAAAUUAAUUUGAGCGAUUGAAAACGAUAUUAAAGAUUAAUUCUUGGUUUAUUGAUCGUUUAAUUUGCGGCCGAUUUUUUGAAGUCUAAUCGAGUUACAGAACAGAAAUGGAUUUGAGACCUAGCUGUACGAUUUACAUCAAUAACCUGAAUGACAAAAUCCAUAAAGAAGAAUUGAAGCGAUCGCUCUACGAGUUGUUCUCCCAGUUCGGUCACAUUCUGGACAUUGUGGCCAUGAAGACUAUGAAGAUGAGAGGGCAGGCUUUCAUCAUAUUCAAGGAGAUUUCCAGUGCUAAUGUGGCUAUGAGGGCUCUCAAUGGCUACCCCUUUUAUGAUAAGCCCAUGAGGAUUCAGUACUCGAAGAAGGAAUCCGAGGUGAUAUCUCGGAUGAGGGGGACGUUCGUUGAGAAGGGCGGCAAGAAGAAGAGGCCAGAGGAUGAGGAAGCCAAUAAGCAGAAGAAGAAGAAAACUAACAAGCCUGGAGAUAAAGGUCAGAGGGCAAUGAAUGGUGAAGUUUCUGUACCUCGCAUGGAAAUGUCGACAGCGGCCCCCAGCAGACAGCAGCAAGCAGCCGAGCAGCAAGUACCACAUCACAUCCUCUUCCUUUCGAAUCUGCCCGACGAGACAAAUGACAUUAUGUUGUCUAUGCUGUUCAAUCAAUUCCCCGGCUUUAAAGAGGUCAGACUGGUACCUGGUCGAUCGGACAUAGCAUUCGUCGAGUUCGAUACAGACAGCCAUGCGGUGCCUGCCAGAGAGGCCCUACAGGGUUUCAAGAUAACCACCACGCACGCCAUGCAAAUCGACUACUCCAAGAAAUAAUUACCAUCAUUUAUUAUUAUUUUUAUUAUUAUUUUACAUUGUCAUCGUUCGUUAUUGUUUCAGCGUCACUAUCAUCUAUAAUUUCUGUUGUUUAUUAUUAUUGUUAUAUUACUAUUAUUAUAUUAUUAUUAUUAUAUUAUUAUUAUUAUAAGAGUGAUGUUAGGUGACCACUUUAUUGUUCGGUUAUACAUAAUAUCGUCAUUAAUGGUCCUACCGUAAUGUCACGGACAGUUGUAAUAAAAAAAAAAUGGCUGAUUGAACGUCGGAACUCACCUAGGGAUAUUUUGUAAGGAGUGAGUAAAUGAAUGAAUGGUUGGAUGAAUGAAUGAAUAAUUAAGUGGAUGAAUGAAUGAUUAAGUGGAUGAAUGAAUGAAUGAAUGAAUAAAUUAAUGAAUGAGUGGUCGGAUAAAAUUUUGAUACAUUAAAUACGAACUGGAAACUUUUUCAUUCAACGUUAUCAGCACUCUUUUAAUAAUCUGUUCAUUUAAUAGAUUAAUUAAUUAAUAA